UGAGUAGAUGGACCAGUGCCAUGAGCUACUUAGAUCUAAAUCAGCUAGGCAACAAAGCUUAACCGCUGCUGCUCAGCUCAUUGGUUCUCCUUUUCCUUAUUCCCCAAAGUGCAUGGAUUUAGUUCUUCAACAACAACAACAACAACAAAAUGAUACUCGGAGGGUUGCAGACUUGCAGCUGCUGCUUUGAUGAUGCGUGCUGAUAUGAACAAGUUCAACUCUUUCGGGCAGGAAUGGUUAACCCUGCAUCAAGGCAGAUUUUUCCAGCUGAUAGCACCUUCAGAGAGGAGGAUGUGUCGAAUUAUUUCAGUAUUUAUAGACCUGUUCAAGAUGUGAGGAUACCAUACCAGCAAAAGAGAAUGUUUGGCUUUAAUACUUUUGUUACAAGGAGAAUAGGAAAAUCCAAGACAAGAAGCAACAAACAGAAAGAGGAGAGUUCUCUCCUUGUGGAACCCCCACUGGCAUUAAUUUGCAGCAAGCCCUUGAGCUUCAGAAUAGAAGGUUAAUCGAUCUGCAACUCCUCGAUGUUGAGAAGCAUCGACAUUAGAGGGGCUCUCCUAGUGGAAGUCCCAUUCCAUCACCUGAUCGGUCACCAACCUUUGCAGUCAAGAAGCUCUGCGGGGUACCCUGCAUUCAGUUACUGCAAUCGCUCAUAAUCUAGUAGUCUCAUCGGCUUAGGUCAUAUGAACAUCAUUUUAUACUGGAAUGAGUAACCGAUUCACAAUACUCCAUCGCAGGAAUUGUUCUAGCUCAAUGCCAGCUAUAUUGGUCACUGCUGCCCAGAAACAAACAGCCAGUACUGCUAGUUCUGCUGGUAAAGAAUCGGUCGGUACUGAAGAGAAUGGUAGUUCAUCUGUAUGA